AUGAACGGACAUGAGCCCCAUGCACAGUCACCAUUGAGGAAGUCAACCAAGUCGCGCGACCAGAAAGAGCGCGACAGCCUGCACCAUGCCAUUCAGUUGUCUGAGCGAGGCCGUCAGGUGGUUAACUUCGACGGCCCGAACAGCUAUUUCUCCGCUAGUGCCAAAGUCAUGAGCGCUGACCCGAACGGUGGCAGCGCGCAUAGCAAGCCCGCGAUCAGUAACGAUGAAGCAGACGUAGAAGACGCCUAUGAGUCGCAGACACCACUGGCCACCAGCCGCGCCCACAGCCCGUACACACAGCAUCCCACAAUUGACUUCGAUGGGCUUAGUUGGCCCAGCAAAGGCACAAGGAGCAGGAAGGAGGCGACCGAGGAAGAGAAGGCAGAUAAUCUGAAGAAGCUCUCCGGUGCCGUGAGGACUAUGCUGGAGUGCCUCGGCGAGGAUCCCGACCGUGAGGGCUUGCUGAACACACCUGAGCGCUAUGCCAAGGCCAUGCUGUUCUUCACCAAAGGCUACGAGGAGAACCUGCGCGACAUCGUCAAUGGCGCUGUUUUCCACGAGGAUCAUGACGAGCUGGUCAUCGUGAAGGACAUUGAGAUAUUUUCCCUCUGCGAGCACCAUCUGGUGCCGUUCACUGGAAAGAUGCACAUUGGCUACAUCCCAAACCGCCGCGUAAUCGGCCUCUCCAAGCUCGCCCGCAUCGCUGAAAUGUUUGCCCGCCGCCUGCAAGUCCAGGAACGCCUCACCAAACAGGUCGCCUUGGCACUGUCUGAGAUGCUCCAACCCCAAGGUGUCGCCGUCGUCGUCGAGUCCAGCCACUUUUGUAUGGUCAUGCGCGGCGUACAAAAGACUGGUGCCACUACUACCACUAGCUGCAUGCUAGGCGCCAUGCGCUCAGCCGCAAAGACAAGGGAGGAGUUCCUGAGCCUGAUCAACAGGAAGUAG